UUUUCGGUUUGGCAACGUUACGAUGCAAAUUUGUAAACAAAAAAUUGCAAAAAGAGUGUCAAAAGCGUCUUUUAAGUAUAAUUUUUAUUAUGGCUACAAAAGCUAAAUCAGAGUCUAUGGUACCGCCUGAGGAGACAGAUUUAUUGGUCAUUAAACCUUUGGGUGCUGGACAAGAAGUGGGUAGAUCAUGUAUUAUUUUAGAUUUCAAGGGGAAAAAAAUAAUGUUAGAUUGCGGAAUUCACCCCGGCUUAUCCGGCAUCGAUGCUUUACCCUUUGUGGACAACAUUGAUGCUGAUGAAGUUGACUUAUUGCUCAUUAGUCAUUUUCAUUUAGAUCAUUCUGGUGCAUUACCGUGGUUUUUACUCAAGACUGCUUUCAAAGGACGAUGUUUCAUGACACAUGCUACCAAAGCUAUAUACCGGUACCUUUUAGCCGAUUAUAUUAAAGUCAGCAAUAUUGGUACAGAGCAGAUGUUAUACACCGAAUCUGAUCUCGAAGCGAGUAUGGAAAAAAUUGAAACUAUCAAUUUUCACGAAGAAAAAGAGGUGAAUGGUGUAAGAUUUUGGUGUUAUAAUGCCGGCCACGUUUUAGGUGCUGCUAUGUUCAUGAUUGAAAUCGCAGGUGUGAAGGUGCUUUACACUGGUGAUUUUUCACGACAAGAAGAUCGUCACUUGAUGGCUGCCGAAAUACCAUCUGUUCAACCUGACGUUCUAAUUAUUGAAUCUACAUAUGGAGUUCAUAUUCACGAAAAGCGUGAUGAAAGAGAAGCCAGAUUCACUGGACUUGUUCAUGAUAUUGUGAAUCGUGGGGGACGUUGUUUGAUUCCUGUUUUUGCUCUAGGAAGAGCGCAAGAAUUAUUGUUAAUAUUAGAUGAAUAUUGGUCAAAUCAUCCUGAAUUACACGAUAUUCCAAUAUAUUAUGCAUCUUCAUUAGCAAAGAAGUGCAUGGCUGUAUAUCAAACUUACAUCAAUGCCAUGAAUGAUAAAAUUAAGAGACAAAUUGCAAUAAACAACCCUUUUGUCUUCAAACAUAUAUCAAACUUAAAAAGCAUAGAUCACUUUGACGACAUUGGGCCUUGCGUUGUCAUGGCUAGCCCAGGUAUGAUGCAAAGCGGUUUGUCUCGAGAACUAUUUGAAAGUUGGUGUACAGAUCCGAAAAAUGGCACCAUCAUUGCCGGUUAUUGUGUUGAGGGAACGCUUGCAAAACAUAUAUUAUCAGAACCGGAAGAAAUCACUACAAUGUCGGGUCAAAAGCUGCCUUUAAAAAUGUCUGUUGAUUAUAUUUCCUUUUCAGCUCAUACAGAUUAUCAGCAAACUAGUGAAUUCAUUCGUAUUCUUAAGCCACCUCACAUUGUGCUUGUUCAUGGAGAACAAAAUGAAAUGGCUAGGUUAAAAGCUGCAAUCAUUCGCGAAUACGAGGAUGAUCCUGAUGCCCAUAUAGAAGUGUAUAAUCCUAGAAAUGCCCAAGGAGUGGAAUUGUACUUUAGGGGUGAAAAAACUGCUAAAGUGAUGGGAUCUUUAGCAAUGACAGUUCCCGAAGCAGGUAGUAAAAUAUCUGGUGUAUUGGUGAAAAGGAAUUUUAGUUACCACCUCUUAGCUCCAUCUGAUCUGUUGAAGUAUACAGAUAUGGUUAUAAGUACAGUUAGUCAGAGAUUAAGUGUACCUUACACUGGCACACUACAAGUACUUCAUUAUUAUUUGCAACAGUUAACUGGUGAUGCAAAACUUAUUCCAGAUUUUAAAAAGUUUGGCGGAAAGCUGAUACUUUUGGUGUUUGAUGCUAUAACGAUUUUCCAGGAAGCCAAGGUUGUUGUGUUGGAAUGGAAUGCUAGUCCAGUCAAUGAUAUGUAUGCAGAUGCUGUUGUUGCUAUUAUUUUGAAAGCUGAAAAAUCAGACUUAACGGCUAAGACUCUUCCUACAAAUAUCAAAGUUGAUAAAAUGCAUUUUACGGAAUGUCUGAUGGAGAUGUUAGCCGAAAUGUUUGGUGAGGAGUCUGUGAGUAAGAUUGUUCGCAGUGAUAAGUUGUCUGUUAUUGUCAAUGAUAAAUGUGCUGUGGUUAAUGUUCGAACUUUAGAGGUAAAAUGUGAAGAGGAUGAGACUUUGCAACAAAUGGUUUCUACAGCUGUUACUAAACUACAUAAUUGUUUGCUUCCUCAGCGACUAAUAAUAGAUAUGCCACCUGACAUAGAAUAGGUUAAAAUAUUUGGUUUUAAUCUUUUGCAUCGCAAGUGAUAGUUAUAAUUUCAUAUAUUUGGUACUUAUUGAUCAUUGUUGUUUUUUGAUGAUUCUUGCUUUAGUUCCCAAUAAGGUAAACCGAGGUUUUCAUAAUUGCUAACAAAGCUUUAAAAAAAUUUUCAAAUUAAGAACAUUAUAAGAAAGUUGGGUGCUUUGCCUAAUAGAGAUAAAAUAAUUCAAAAAUUAUAAAUAGCAGACAAAUUUUGUUGCCCGGUUUGUAAAAUAAGAAUAACAAUAAUUAAAUUAUGUAAAAUAUCAAUUUAAUGAAAUGAUAGCAUAAUAAAAUAAGAGUUACUACUGCAUAAUUAACUAUAAUGUUGCUAUAAAAUUAAAAAGGUUUGCUGAUAACAAAAACAGCUUUUUUAUUUUAUUGCUUACAGAUAAGCUGAUAAUUCACCUCUUAACCAAACCUUAUACUAAGGCCUUUCAUAUCAAAAUUACCAAGAAAAUAACUUUCAUUGUUGUGUUUUGUUAAGUCUAAAAGAAGGCAAUAUAAAUUAUCUAUAAUUUUAAAAAACACAAUUUGAGAGUGGUUGCUAAAACAAGAUUUGAGAAAAGUGACUUUUUUUUUAAUCUCCAAAAGAUUAUCCUAUCAAGUUUUAUGGAAGAAAAGAAGGUAUUCGCAGAGAUGUAAAUAAUUUAUCCCAUUUAUUUAAUCUUGUGCUACAAUUUAAAGUGAUGAUAGAUAGAAUUUAACAAUUACAGAGAUUAUGAUAUCGCUACCUAAUUUCUCGUGAAGUUUUGGUGACCACUAUAUGGCAGUGUAUAAAAAUUAAAAUAAAAAAAAAACUGAAAAAGGGUAAACUUGAAGAGAAAAAUGACUAUAUGUACCAGCAUAUAGAAAAGGUAUCAGCAUAUAUGUUUUUAUUGCUAGCGCUGGCUCAAGAGCCUGGCAGUAACUUCUAAACAAUUGCAGUUGGCAUGAAUAUAAACUAAUAGGUGAAUAGCCCCAAAUGAUCUAUAGUUUAUAUUAAAUAUGGUAUAUUUUUCGUAGUUCUGUUUUAUACUACAGCUACAGUAUAAAUGAAUGAAACUUAAACUGUGUUUUUUAUUAUUUAAUGUUCAUUAUUACUUAAAGUGUAUUAUUUUUGGUUUAUAUUAAAAUGCAUAAACUUUUUUUUUGUUACUUUUUUAUUCAGAAUAAUCCUGAAAAGUUGGUGUUCAUUUGUCUGAUUUAUAUACACAAUAAAAACAUACAUUACAACUA